CCAUAUAAAUUCUGUUAAACAAAAAUAAUGAAAAUUGAAACAUUCCAUUAAAUUUCCCCUAAUUUCUGGUUUCUCCCUCCAUUUUCUCCAGAGUUUUUCCAAAAUCAAGGGUAUGACCACAUGACCUUUGUUCAAAUGCGUAACCUUCUACUUCGAUCUCUCACCCUCAAUUCCUAUCCACCGCCGAUAACUUCGCCGGCGUCGGCGCCGGCAAUUUUCUUCAGUUCGAAGCUUUCACCACCGCCUCCGCCGCCGCAGUCGUCAUACUCCGCGGGAGCAGUGUCUGAUCUUGCCGCCGACGACGACGAUGAUGAAGACCUCCAUAUUCCUCCAGUUAGCGUCGUUAAACCUGCUGUAAUGCCCACUCUUCUUCAGCCUCGUGUCGUCGUCUUUGACGGCGUUUGUCGUCUCUGUCACACUGGUGUGAAACUGAUUAUCAAGGCUGAUAAGUAUGAGAAGAUUAAGUUCUGUUGCCUUCAGUCUAAGACUGCUGAACCAUAUAUGGAACUUUGUGGUGUGGAAAGAAAGGAUGUGCUUCGCCGCUUUAUAUUUGUUGAAGGUUUAGGCCAAUACCAUCAAGCUUCCACAGCUGCAUUGAAAGUUAUGUCAUACUUGCCAUUUCCCUAUUCAGCGCUGAGCUCCCUCUUGGUAAUUCCCACUCCAGUAAGGGAUGCUGUCUAUGAUUACAUUGCUAAACGACGCUAUGACUGGUGCGGAAAGGAGAAGGAAUGUCUUGUUUUGAAGGAACCAGGGUUGCUUGAGCGUUUUAUUGACAGGGAAGAACUUCUGGAGCGACCUCAGUCAGAUAUCUAGUUGGGUUUGCAUAAAGUAGUUAGUGCCUUAUCACUGCACCUUUAUACAGUUGUCUUUUUUUUUUCACUUCUUGUUUUAGUUGAUUGACUUGUAUAAGUUGUAAAUAGUGGAAUGAAAGGUAGGCCGGCCUACACCACAGCAGAGUUUUUUGUUUGUAAAUGAGGUAAAAUAUCUGAAAGUAACCUAGUGUAAAAUGAAAUUCUGUUUUUUUAAGUUAGUGACUUUCUGCCUGAUUGAGGCAAAAUACUAUCUCCAGCUUAUUAAUUUGAUCUAGCUUGACUAUUAACACCA